AUGGACAUUGAACAUUCAUCAAAAAAUAAUGAUCCAAUUGUUCAAAGAUUUAGAUUAUCAUUUUUAGCUUUAUUUAAGAUAAUUACAGAAUUAUGUGAUUGUUUUGACAAACAUAAAAAUCAGUUAAAUAUACUUACAACACAAUUACAUGAACAAACAUUUAAGAUAAAAGAAAAUUCAUUAUCUUUUAAAAAUGACUUAUCUCUAUUAAUCAACAAUGAAAUAAAAAAACAAUUACUUGAUUGUUUUGAUGUUAAACCUCCUCAACCAAGUUUAGUUGAUUCAAUAAUGAAUGUUUCAAAAGGUAUAAAGUUUAAAGAAGGAAGAAAGAAAGAUAAAAUUCUAAAAGUGUUUCAACUUAUUAAAUAUAAAGAGCCUUUAAUUCCUAUUAUCUUUAAGGCAUUUACUCAACCUACAAAUAUGUUUAACUUUAUUUGUAAUAAUAAAAUAUUAUAUCCACUAUGUUUACAAACAAAAAAACAAUAUGCAAAAUUACUUUUUCAAUCUUCAUCUACUUAUUCAAUCAAACAGAAUUUGAAUAUUAUUUGUGCUCUAGUAGCUGUUUCGGUACCAGUUAGUAUAUUUAUUGAAAUAGACUAUGAAAAAGUCUUUUUCUUAACUCUCACAAAACAACCAGAUAUAAUUCCUACAAUGGGUAUAGUAUUUUCAUUGAGUUCAUCACAAAAAAUUUAUACUUUUAAUACAUUACAUUCUAAAUUUCUUUUAGAAUCAAUAGAUGUAGGUACAAUAUUUAAUAAAGUAACAUUUGGAUUAAAAGAUCAAAAAUUCUUGUUAAAAAUUGAUGGCUUGGGUAAGGUAGAUACAAAUAAACUUAAUUGGAUUCAAGAACAAAAUCCAAUUACUUUAAAUACUCAUUUCAAUCUUCUUUCAAAAGAAUCAAAACUUACUAGUAUUUGCUUAGUGUCUUUUUCAAAUACUUUGGUUUCUAACAAAGACUCUGAUGAAAUUAUUGAGAAAAUAAGUUGUGAUGAUAACAUUAAUACUAGUGAUAAUGAAACUUAUAAUGACUUAGUUAUUGGGUUAUUAGAUGAAAAACAUCUAAUAAAAGAUAAAUUCAAUCAGAUGGGACCUCCAUUUAAUAAAGAAUCAAUGCAAAAAAGAAUAUUUUUAUUAAAGCAACAAACACAAGUAUGUUGUAAUACUAGUUUGAAAAUUGAAAAAAAUGAAGAAAUGAGUCAAGAAUUUAAAUCUGUUAAUGAUAAUUGUCUUAGAGAACAAACAAAGCAAGAGCUAGAGCAGUGUUAUUCUGAUUUAGCAUUAGCAAAAUUGAUUGAAACUAAAGACAUAUUAUUAAAAAUAUCUACCAAUUUAGCUGACUCUCAAUAUGCAAAAGUAUUGAUACAUAAAAGAACAAAAGAUAUUGUAGAAGAUGAAAUACCAAAAAUAAUAUCAGAACAAACAAACUUAAUAUUUUUUAUGUAUUUUGAUAAUGGAAAUAUUAUGGGAUUAUAUUUCCAAAAGAAAAUUCCAUGUUAUAAAGAAUCAACACAAAUUGAAGUUGAGAAUGAUUUUAACCAUGCAAUUAUUAAUAUAAAUAGGAAAAAUAAUAAUGAAUUGGAAAUAUAUAAAAUGAAAGGGAUGUUCAGGACUAUUUGUUUAUUUGGUAGUAGCAAUAAUAAUUUUAUUGUGGAAUUAAAUGAUAUUGGUUAUUUGUCAAAAUCUGGACUCUGGGUAGAAUAUGCUAAUAGUAAAACCAAAACAUCGUAUAAACAACUUGUUGAUUUGAGUAAUAUUACAGGAUGUCCCUCUGGGAAAAAAAUAAAAGUAGAUGAAGUGAUGAUUUUAAAAUUUAUUAACUCACCAAAUGAAGAUGAUAAAAUGUUUAUAAAAUGUUAUGAUACUAAUCCAUUAAUAAAUAAUGACCAAGAACAAAAGAAAGUUGAUGAAAUAAAAGUACAAGAAAAUAGUAUUGAAGAAUCAAAGAAUUUAGAAAACAUUGUUCAGGAAGAAAUAGUUAAAGAAAAUGACAGUGUAAUUGAGCAGACACAGUUACCAAUAAAUGAAAUUACCACAGAAACAGAUUUUUCAUUAGGUGAUGUUAUUAAAAAUAAAGAAGUUUUAGGAACUAUUGGAAUUGAUAUAUUCAAAACAAAGUAUGCAAAAGUAUUGUUAAAUAAGCAAAUGAAUGAAAUAGAUAGUUCUGAAAUACAGAAAUGUAUUAAAGGAUAUUCUUAUAUUCUUAUCUUUUUGAAAUUUAAUUAUGGAAAUAUUCUUGGAAUAUUCUUCCAAAAGUCUCUCUCAGAGUUUGAUGUAAAUUCAAACAUAACUGUUAUUCAAGAUUUUGGUCACUGUUUAUUCUGUGUAAACCCAACUAGUCUUACAGUUAAAAAAUAUAAUUGUAUCGACAAUCAAAAGAAAGUAUGUUCUUUUGGUGGUAAAGGAGAUACUUAUGUGUUAAAUCUACAUGAUUUCUUCCUUUGGAAUAUAGAUGGGACAUGUGAUGCAAUAUGUAAAAGUGAUUACGAUAAGAAUUAUUUAGAUUUUAAUUCUUUUUCUCAUGUUAUUGGUUAUAACCCAUCUGUAGGACUUAUUGUUAAAGAGGUUAUGAUUAUCAAUUUAUACCAAAAUAUUUUCUUAGGUCGUGAGUCUGUACUCGACUUAAGUAAUUUGCAACCGUUUAAUAAAAAGAAACAACAAACAACAAACUUACAAAAAGAUAGAGAGAAUGAUCAACAAGUGUUGGUAACAGAUAGAAUUCUCUCCAAAGAAAUUCUUGGAGCUGUAUGUUCUCAUUUAAAAAGUUCUCAAUGCUAUAUUUUAUUUGACAGUAAUACAUUACCAGAGUUAACCGACAAGAUAUUUUGGGAAAGUGUUUGUGGAAAUAAAAAGACACUAAUGAUAGUUGAACUGAAGGACCAAACAAUUUUUGGAUGGUUCUUAUGUGGUACCAUUCCACUAAUGGAAUCCAAAGACACUCUUGAGGUUAUUAAAACAAAGAAAGAUUUCUUUUUCUAUGUUAGUAAAAAUGACACUAUUAAGUAUUAUAAUACAGUAGAUUAUGAUAAUUUUAUUAUGAGCUAUAAUAAACCAAAUUAUAAUACUUAUGGAACAAUAUUUACAUUUCACGGUGUGUUUCAAUUGAGAAAUGACCAUAAUCUAUGGAUUGCAAAGAACCAUUGUUUAGAAAAUAAAUUUAAAAACUGUCCUUCUAUUACAGAAAUAGUUAGAGAAGAAAAUCAACGAUAUAUAGGUGUUAAGAGAGUUUUUGUAUGCACAUUAAGUGGUAAAACAAAAGACAUAAAAAAGGUUGUAGUAAAUAAGUUACUUUCUUUUCCAAAAGAAGUUAAAAAAGAAAAACAUGAUAUACCAAAGAAUUUAAAAACUAUGAAUGAAUGUUAUCAGAUGAAUAAGAUUAAUCUUUUAAAAUUAAUACAAAGUAAAGAAAUUGGAAACCAGUUAAAUUCUUUUGUUCAAAACAAAGGAAUUAAAAUUCUUUUUGAUUCAAAUACAAAAAAUAAAAUAGAACCUGAUGAGUUUUGGGAUUGUAUCAUUGGAAAAAAACAAUUAAUUAUGAUAAUACAAAUGGAAACAGGACAAAUAUUUGGGUGGUACCUAAAUGAAACCAUCCCUCAAAGAAAGCAAAAUAAAACAAUUCAAGUACUUAAUAACUCUUCUCAAUUCUUCUUUGUGAUUAAUGAACAACUUCUCAUAACAAAAUAUACUUCAAUACCUACACAUUUACCUAUUAUAACAUUUGAGAAUAAUGGGUAUGAUGAAUUCCUUCAAUUUUAUGGAGUAUUUAAUCUCAAAACUUAUAAAUAUGUUUGUUCUAGAAAACAAGACCAACUACCAACUAAAUUUAAAGACAUAAAACCAUUCUCAAACAUAUCAGGAGUUGAUGGUGGUAAUAAAAAAGAAUUUAGACAAUUUGUAGUAUUUAAAUUAUGUGAUACAGAAGAACAAGAUGUUAUAAAUAGAAGAUCAUUUAAACCAUUUAAUGAAUUAUAUAAAGAAGUAGAAAAAGUAGAUACCAAUACAGAUGUCAAACCUUUCAAAGAAGAAGACUUACAAGAACGUAUGAAACAAAUGGAAUUUGACAUUGAUGCAAGAAUUAAAAAAAUGAAAGAAGAAUUAAAUAAAGAUAAACAAACUAAAAUCACAGAAGAAAAAAUUGAAAAAGUAUCAACUUUAUAUAACAAUGAUUUGUCAAUGAAAAUAUUUAAAGAAAAUAAUAAAAUUAAUGUUAAUUAUAAAAUUGAUCCAAAUGAUUCAAUAUUACUUUGUUUAUGCAACGAGAGGAAUUUACAUGAAAUAGAUAAAUUAAUGAAUACCAAUGAAUUUAAAAGAGUAUUUAGUUGGAAAAAGGGAGAAGAAGUAUUAAGGAUAAAUCCAUUAUAUCUUCAAUAUCCUAAAGUAAGUAUUUUUAUUGAAACAGUUGAUAAGAGUAUUUUUGGAUUUUGUGCAUUAUAUCAAGAAGGAAGUUAUACCAAAGGAUGGUUUAUUUCACUACAAAAUCCACAAUCAAUGAGUCCAUUAUCAUAUGAAAAAAAGAACCCAAAGAAUAUUUUUGUUAUUCCUUCAAAAGCAUGUUAUGGAUUAUUUUGUGUAAAUAAUGUAUUAACAAUAUCAAAAACAUAUCUUAAUAUUUCUAAAGAUUUUAAGAAGGAAUUUAAUAUACCAUUUGAAUUGGAAUUCUUUAUGAAUCUAAAGAAUAAAACAAUAAUUGAACAUAAUGCAAUACAAAUAUAUUCAUGGAAAUAA